AUGUCUGAGGCAAAUGAAUCCAACAGCCCCGCCCUACUCAGAAAACUCUUCGCUGUCAUACUAACUUCCUGCGAACCAGCAGACCCCUCCUCGCUUUGGGAACAAUAUCGUAGCAACCUAGCCGGAGACCUCUUCUGUCCACAUAACGUUGAACUCCUCCAUGAAAACCAGUGCGAAGAAAUCUACAACUCCUGCCUGAUAUUAAUAGAACACCAAGUUCAACAGAUGAGGGGACAGCACCUUGCCAGCUACGGAUUACCAAUCAAGCGUCACAAUUCAGACCACAACAUGAUCGAAUAUAAUCGCUACACACAGUACUCUAUUCCACAGCAGGAAUCCUUCAUUGAAGAAAACCAGCACAAGCUAACAACAGAACAAAGACAAAUAUACAACCUCUUCUGUUCUCAAGUCCACUCUUCUCAGCCAGGUAUCACCUUCCUUGAUGCACCAGGUGGCACUGGUAAAACGUUCCUGCUCAACCUCAUCCUAGCGACGAUACGUUCCAAACAAGCCAUUGCUCUUGCUACGGCCUCAAGUGGAAUUGCAGCCACACUUCUAACAGGCGGACGAACGUUGCAUGCCACUUUCAAGAUACCCCUGGAUGUGCACAUGAAAGACAUGCCGACAUGUGCAAUAAAGAAGAACACUACCCUAGCUAAGGUCAUCAUUGAUUGUAGCGCUAUUGUCGUUGAUGAAGCCCCAAUGACCCACAAGGCAGCAUACGAGGCCAUAGACCGGACCCUGCAAGACAUCAGAGGCAAUUCAUCUCCCUUUGCUGGAAUUCCAACAUUGCUGUGCGGUGACUUCCGCCAGAUAUUGCCAGUUAUCAAAAACGGUACACAGGCAAACAUCAUCGAUGCAUCCCUAAAGAAAUCCUACCUCUGGAAAGACGUCCAAGUCGUACACCUACAAACAAACCUACGUGCUCACCUCACUGGAAAUGCUCAUGCUGGAAGUUAUUCACAGCUCCUCAUGUCGAUUGGCAAUGGAACAUAUCCCUUGCUUGAACCACCAACCACCAUUACCGUUCCUCCCAGUCUACCGAAAGCAGACACAACAGAACAAUUGAUUCAUGCUAUCUUUGCCGAUUUACCGGAACAAGGACAGAAUGAUCAAUGGAUACUCGAACGUGCCAUUCUUGCUCCUCUAAAUGAAACUGUCGACAACCUCAACCACACCAUUCUUGCAACUUUGGACCGUCCAGAAAUUACCUACAGGUCAUUCGACACAACAUUGACAACAGAAGAAGCUACUCAUUUCCCUGUUGAGUUCUUGAACUCUCUCAACAUUGCUGGCCUGCCACCCCACAAACUGGCGCUUAAGAUUGGCUGCCCCAUCAUUGUACUUCGAUCCUUGGACCCACCAAGUAUCACAAAUGGAACUCGAUGUCGCGUUGUAGCUUGCCACACCAAUGUCAUCGAGGUCCUCAUCUUACAUGGCCCUGCUGCUGGCAACCAUGCCUUCAUUCCACGCAUUCCAUUGGUACCAUCGACAUCUGACAUGCCAUUCCUCUUCCGCAGAUUGCAAUUCCCGAUACGCCUUUGUUAUGCAAUGACUAUAAACAAAGCCCAAGGCCAGACAUUUCAGACCAUAGGUCUCGACCUCACCACGCCGGUCUUCUCGCACGGCAUGUUCUAUGUCGCCCUGUCCCGCGUUGGAACCGCACAACGGAUGCAUAUCUAUGCACCAGAACAUAAAACCAAAAAUGUGGUGUACCAAGAAGUACUCUAA